AUGCAACACGAGAAGACAACAAACUUGCUUGCUCAGGAGUUUAUCGCAUCAAAUGCGGAAACUUUGCAAACCGAAGAAACGAAUCACGAUGUUCCCUUGGACUAUUUGGCUCAGAGCCAGCCAUCUUCUGAAUCUCAAAUCAUCUCUCUGGACAGCACCUCUUCGUCAUUUCUAACUCCUCAGCUGCUGGCGCCUCCUCUUUCCAGCUUUUUUCUACCAAUAUCUAUCAUUUCUGGGUCUACUUGGGGGACUGAAUUGUUAUUUGAUAUCAUUCGUCGCUUCCUGACAUGUUCAGAAGAAAACAGCUUGAUCCUCAACAAUCUCUCUCCCACACAUCCCGACUCAACUCCUGCUUCAUCAUCGUCUUCACUUAUCAUUGGCCAAAGGUUACGACAUCUUUCUCUCCCCUUCGCUCCACCACUCCACUAUAUUAGUUGUAUUCCUGGCAUGGUGCCUCCAAUUGCUCGAUCUGGCUUCUUGGACUUUUUAACUGAUCUGGGUUACAAUAAUCUCUUCGCAUACUCUUUAGUAUCUGGUGCCCUUCACAAUUUAAUAAUUUGUGAGUCAAAGAGUCAUCUUAAUGAAAAUUUGCAGGUUAUUUAUGAGUGA